UUGUAUUUUAAUUAUUGUUUUCAGGAAACCAGCCGACGUUUUUUACAACUUUCGGUCCCGCAUUUCACUUGUUUGGGUGGCGUAUCAUUGUACGAAUGCCCCAGCAAGCCAAACUCACUAUUCCAAUUCCACGGCAUUCUAAAUAGUAUCCUCAAAAACAAGCCCGACUUCCCUUCGCCUAACGCAUUAAUCAAAAAGUAUUAUGAUUACGUAGCGAAUGAGUUGAUUCCGACUACAGACGAGCUGUUGCUGGAUGUGUACCGAGAAAUUACUUCGGAAAAUAUUUUACCGGUGGAAUCACUAUCACAAUGGGUUGCGCUUCGUUAUGAUGAUGCAACUCAAUAUUAUACUCUUCGAAAACAGAUUGCUAUUCAUAUGUCGUUGCUAUCGCUAUGUGAAUACAUCUUCCAUCUGAGCCCAGCAACAUUGGAUGGGCUGUGCUUGAACUUGGGCACCGGACAGACGAUGAAUGUUGACUGUCUGUUUGGACUACGUCCUGAAACUUGUAAGUUUAUUAUCCAGUUCUAUCCAGAACAGAAAACCUGUAGUGUGAUUUUUAAAAAAUUUCUUUCCAAAAAAAAAUCGGUGCAAGCAGAACGCGCAGAUGCGAGGGCACGGAGAAUCUAG